AUGCAGUACAAGACUUUCUCAUCUCUCAUCUUCGCCACAGCUGCCCUGGCCGCCCCAGCUUCUAGCGCAGAUAAUACAGACGGACUGGGCGCUCUCACAACAGGUCUGCCUCCCAGCAGUGUCAUUGCUGUCCUGGUGACCGCCAUCCCAACCACAUGGCUCAACGAGUACGAGACCGAUUCUGCGUUCCAGUCUUCGGUCCUGAACGCCUAUGAGCACGGUAGCUAUCCAGCCUGGGCCAGCAGCUUGCCUGCCGAUGUGAUCUCGUGGGCAUCCUCAGAAGGAAUCACCGGCCUGACUCCUCUCGCGACCAACGCCGCUUCGACAUCAGGCGGCUCCAUGAGUGGCAGCUUGGGCGGCGCCUCUUCCACCUCGGCGUCUACGGGCGUCAGUCCUAAGUCGACCUCGCCCUCCAUGACGGCCACUUCUACCGCAGUGCAGACCGGCGCAUCUUCUACCGCUUCUGGUAGUUUGAAGACAUCUUCUGGAUCUUCGACCUCGACUGCUUCUUCCUCGACCUCGACCGGUGGCGCUCCCGCGGCCACCGGUGGCAUUGCCAUGAGUCUGGCUGGUGCUGCUGGUGCUCUGGGUCUUGCUCUCGCUCUCUGA